CCCAGCUGGGGUUAAGUCGAGAGGAAGUGGAGCUCAUCAGCCUCGAUAAAGCCGAGCUCCUGUUAAGAUUUCAGGAUUAUAAGGCAAAAACAGCCCAAACCGAGUCAGAACUCCGACAGCAGAGAUGUGACAGUGAGGCAAACGCCAGGAACACUGUCGCAGAACUCAAGGCUCAUUAUGAAUCUGAAAUAGGGAGGAUGCUAGAGGGGCACGACAAGAGGCUGGCGGAGGCGAAGGCGGUGUGCAGACAGCUAACACUAAAGCUAAGGAUCGCCAAAGAGUGGUCAGGAAGACAAGCUGCCGAGUUCGAAGAACUGAAGGCUCAUUACGAGUCUGAAAUAGGGAGGAUGCAAGAGGGGCACGACGAGAGGCUGGCGGAGGAGAAGGCGGUGUGUCAACAACUAAAGCUAAAGCUAAGGAUCGCCAAAGAGUGGUCAGGAAGACAAGCUGCCGAGUUGGAAGAACUUGGAGCUGCGCUGCCCCCAGUGGGGACGGAGGACAAAGACAAAUUGGAGGACUUACGCAUACAGAUACUAGAAAAAGACAUCUUCAUCGACGCAGAAGAAACGCGGAAGGAAAACACGCGAUUCAACGAGUUAGUGAAGCAGAAAGAACUGGAGAAGAACAUCGAAAAGCUGAAGAAGACAAUCACUGGUCUGAAGAACAAGGAAGACCUCAGCGAGAAGGUCUCUGCGUUGGAGAGCACGAUCCAGGACAGAGAAAAUGUCAUCAGGGAGAAAAACCUGGAGAUGUCUCGUCUGAUAAAGGACAACAAGCAACUGCAACAGGAUUGGGCGAAAGAGAAGGACAACAACGCCGUCCUCGUUAAAUUAAACGAAGUGAAGGACAACUUCCACAGCGUUGAGGAGGACCUGAGAGCGGCGCAGUCUGAGCACAAAGACGCCAGAGACCGGGAGAACGCCGACCUGGGAGAGACCAACUCCAAUCUCAAGGACAAAGUGAGGAGAUGUGAGCCAGACCUGAUCCAGAAGAGAGAGAAGAUCAGGGACCUGACAACCGACGUGAUGCGCUUCAAGGCCAAUCUGCAGGCGUGCAUGGACUCCACCUCCGAGCCCAAGACAUUUGUAAGUAAAGUCCUCAACGUCAAAAGACACCACAUGGACACCGAGUCCAAAGUGCAGAUGGAUGGUAACAACGAGAUGGGGCUCAGAGAAGCCACAGCUGCCAAAGAUCAGCUGAUCGACAGUUACAGUCGGUGCCACCAGAACUCGUCCAGGGUGCAGGGACGUUGCCAGGAGCAGAUCUUUCAGAGUGAGGUGCGAAGCAAUCAGGACCCGAGUUCCCUCAUCAGACAGAUCCACAACAUGACCGUGGAGCUGGACCACGUCAAAACACAACUCACAGAAACAACUCAGCUUCUUGAAUUGGCGAGAAAGACACCGCUGCAGAAAGUGAAGAUGUGGAUAAAUAAAAACAUCCUGCCAACAAAUAAGGUUGCUCCAAUAGACGUAGAGGAGCCCCCGUCCCGUCUCCUGGGGGACAAUACUGUGCACCGUCGUGCAGACAACACAUUGUCCUGAUCCAGAGGACGGCAUCAUUCACGUCAAACAGUUUGUGGAGGGUGACCUCCCGAUAGUUGACGUCUAAGACCCCCCCCCCUCUUACAUUGUGCACCAUCUCCACUCCACCUUGAC